CCCGAAACCACUGUGAUGAACUCCUCACGCGGCGUCGCCGCCCACAAUACGAGAUAUAAAUCUGGGCCUUACUCAGGAAUACUCUGACUCAACUCCACCCAAGUUAUAUCUCGCCCCAAAACUUCAACUACACAAUGAGCGCACCUCGUGUCGGAUGGAUUGGCCUCGGCAGCAUGGGGCAGGGCAUGGCCAUCAACGUCCAGCACCAUCUUCGCAGUACUGCGUCGGAUUCUUUGCUAUGCUUCAACCGCUCCGUAGCCCGCUGCGAGCCAGUAGUAGAGGCUGGUGCAAAAUGUGCAGAAUCGGCCCAAGAUGUUUUGAUUAACUCUGACAUCGUGUUCAUCUCUCUCAGCGAUGAUGUCGCGACAAAGGCAACUGUGGAAGCCAUGCUCUCGGGCCUUGCGCCUUCGGCUGCAGUCAAGAAAUUAAUCGUCGAUACAUCUACUGUCCAUCCCGAUACAUCUGCAUGGAUGCAAACCAGUUUUUCUAAGCAUGGUGCCCAGUUCCUAGCAGCGCCAGUAUUCGGUGCUAGUCCGGUAGCCGCAAACGGUCAGCUGCUCUUUGUGCUAGCUGGGCCACCAGACGCCGUGAAGACUAUUGAGCCAUAUCUAGAGGGUGUCAUGGCACGAGCUGUGAUUUAUCUUGGAGAAGAUGUGACUCUCUCUAGUAAACUCAAAACUGUUGGCAACUUUAUUACUGCGGGCAUGAUGGAGCUGUUGUCAGAAACGCAUGUGUUGGCGGAAAAGGUUGGAUUAAGCGAAGCCGCUGUUGAGAACCUUAUUGAUCUCCAGUAUAAGGCGCUUCCUCUUGCCGUCUCACAAAGAAUCACGGGUGGUCAUUAUCUGCCUGUUAGAGCCGAGCGGCCGUGGUCUGAUCUCAACCUGGCUGUCAAGGAUGUUGGCCUCGUUGUUGACUGUGCUAAAAACGCCGGUGUCACUUUGCCCACUGCAGAAACAAUCAUGGGCAAUUAUAAAACGGCACAAAAGUAUUCCGAGGAACAUGACCGACCAUUAGAUUCGUCCUCCAUGUAUGGUGUUUUGCGCGAACAAGCCGGAUUGCCCUUCGAGUCAGCCGUGGUGAAGAAGAGAGAUGACGAAGCAUAAGAUAGAUGAUGAGAGGUCACUUUAAGCUAAUAAGUAAUUAUUCAAAGUUUAUAAACUAUAUAAAUUUUGAUCGCAGUAGUCG